CUUGGGACGACAAGGUAUUGAAAUAACCCCACGAAUUUUAAGCUGAUUUUACUUGCAAAUAAGUCCAAUACACCACCAGCGUGUAGCAAUACAGGCUUUGAGCUUCCAUAUCAUUUAUCAAAGUUUAUAGCUACGUAAAUUUUGCAUUAACAUGCCAAAGGUCAUAACAGUAUUUGGAGCGACUGGCGGACAGGGUGGUGGAGUUGUCUCAGCUCUCCUCAAAGCCAUCAACGAGGAGGGGAAAGAUUACGCUGUUCGUGCAAUUACGAGAAAACCAGAAGGAGCUAAAGGGCAGGAACUGAAGAGCAAGGGAUGUGAAGUCGUCAAGUGUGAUAUGGAUGACAAAGAGUCCGUGGAACAAGCAAUCCGUGGCUCCUACGGAGUUUUCUUGGUCACGAAUUACUGGGAGCAUUUUAGCAAGGAGAAAGAAAUUGAACAGGGCAAGCGAGUGAUUGACGCGUGCGAGGCGCUGGGAGUGAAUCACUUGAUUUACAGCGGGUUGGAAAAUGUAAAGAAGGCGAUUGGAAUUGAAUGUGGUAAGUUUUAAUUUUCGUGACCCAAUUGCAUUUAAGUGGAACACGAACGCUGGUGCGAUGGGUGCGAUGAUGACUCUGCAAAUUCCAACUUCAAUGCGACGUUGUCUGAUAUUAUGAGACCAAAAUUCUACUAAAGUUACCAUUAAGGAACCCCCCGCAUACGUACAGGAGAGGUUUUCUUAUAGGUACCAUUGCAACUUUUCAAGUCAAUCGAGUGGCUUAGAAAAUCGAAUUCAUCGAAUUUAGUUGCAUCCAAUCAAACCUUUUGACCCUGAACAACCGUGACUGACUCAUCAAUAAAUAUUGUAGAUUUUGAAUUUUAAUUAAAUGAACAAGGCACGGGAGAAGGUCUGAAAAUGGUGCAAUUUACUGUGCUUUCGCACGGCAGGAAAUCAUUAAAAUCAUACACGCUAUUUUCAUUAUUUAUUUUGUAUGUGGACACGAAAUCUGCCAAAGUUUUCCUAUGUAAACAGAUUUGGAGCCAACAUCAAUCAUCUGACAUGUAUACCUGCAUAAUAUACCGCCUUUAUCGUUUAUGUGCGAGAUUGACUGCAUAAAUUAUGUGUUUGCCUCAAUUAACAAAAGCAAAUUAAAAAUAUGCACGUUCGGUCCUCCUGUUCGUGACAGAAAAACUCGUACAGUUAACAUAUCUACAGUACAGUCCACGAGUUGAAAGCCAAAUCUACUCAGGGGCACCCAACGAGGAUAUAGUUCAAAACCACUUAACAUAGCAUUGUUGAACGUAUUUUACUGAUAAAAACUUUCAUCUGUUCGGAUUUCCUAGCUGAAAGUCUAGUGACCCGAAAAUUAUAGGGAUAAAAACUUACUUUAUCGAAAAUUUCAGCCAGGAAAAGGCUCCCGAAAAUUCUAGAUGGCCUUUUUUAGGGUCAAAAUCCGUUAAAAAUGGGUAAUUAUACCAUUUUGUAGAUGUUGCAGUUAAUUUUUUAUUUCAGUUAAUUUUUAUAUUUCCUUUGUUUCAAAUUCAUUAGCAUUCAUUAUCAUACACAAAAACAAUGGAAAAAUAAAAAUUAACUGAGAUAAAAAAUUAACUACAACAUAGAUGUUCGAAAAUCCUAGGAGAGGCAGGCAAGCAAGAAAUUUUGCAACAAAUGCUCCGAAAAUUCUAGAUCUCAAAUCGUCUUCCGAACAGAUAUUUUCGCGAAAAUUGCCGUUGGGUGCCCCUGUCUACUGUACAAGUGUAUUCUCGUUUUUCUCAGCUAAAAAGAAUACUUGAAGAUGAUAAAAAUCACCUUGCGUCCGUUCAAUUGUCUUUCCCAUUCUUAAACCUAUUUUAUUGUUUUACGCAAGCCAACGAUGGGUUGUUUUCAAAAGAAGUAAUCUCUUCAGCCUUCUGCUUAUUGUUAUUUUUUUUCGAGUAGGGUUAAGAAUUUUUAGUGUGAAUUCUAAACGUGUUUUUACUACACAAAUGACAUGCGAAGUCCUUACAACAUUAAACAAAAGAUAUAAGCCAUUUCAUAAACUCUUCGAUUCUUUUUUAGCUUUUGUUCUUGCUAUCAAAACACAGAAAAAACUGACGUCUACUUCUGAGUGCUGCCAAGAGCCACAAAGUUUGAUUUGAUUAUAAGGCUACGUUCCAUUCCGGUUAGCUUUUGCGCUGACACAAAAACCAUACCGUAUAGGUUCACGCACAAAAAAGGUGAUUUCGGCGUGAUUUCUGUACAGCUUUCCAAGUCGCCAAGAAAGGUUUUCAGGGAGCUUAAGCAACAAUGACAGCGACGGCUACAAAAGCGUCACUUAAGAAGUGAAUUCGCGCUGCUUCAAACUCAAUUGCGUUUCUCGUUCAAUUUGACAAAUGUUGGCGAAUUUUUCUGUAGAUAAGUUCUGAAGGACUGUAUGGAAGCUCAGGGAAAGAAAACGAUAGACAUUCUCUUAAGUUCACGCCCUCCACAGAACGUGAAAUUAGGCGGUUUCACAUCGUAUUCCUGCAGUGACGGCAAAGAAAUGUACAAAAGAGGUUGAUCCACGAGCAAAGUUGUUGUUUUACUAAUCCAAAUCUGUUGCUAUUUUGUCGUUGUUGUUCUCGUUGCCCUCGCCGUCGGUGUUGCUUAAGUUCCCUGAGGAUUGGCUGAGCGACACAAGCGAGUUUUUUUGGCUCAGUCAAUUCAAAGCGUGCCAUUCUCUUUCCCGGGCAUUUGCCUUCUUUUUCGUUAGAAACCUGCUAAUUCCCAACGACGGUGGUGCCAGAAGAUUUCUACAAAAACCCCAUCCCCAGAGACAAAGAAAUUUUGUAUAAUUGCGACACCUCGAGGACAAAGCAUCCUCGAGAAAAGCUAAAUAUUUCAAAUCCGUGUAGUCUUUGGAACAUUUUUGGUGUGCGGCCUAUGUUUUGAGUCUAACAACAUUCCUUUUUUCCUCAGCACAUUUUGACAGCAAGGGCAUAGUGGAGGAAUACCUUCAUACGAAGAAACUGAAAGAGAAACUGAAUUUCACCAUCGUUCGCUUCUCUUAUUAUUUCAAUAACUUCACCUCGUUUUCCACGCCCCGAAGGUUAAACGAAAACGAGUUUGUCUUCGACAUUCCAAUGGAGGGGGCACCCAUGGAUGGGAUUGAUGUCACCCAGGGAGGAGAAUGUGUUUAUGGUAUGUAUUGCAGGUGAACCGCGCUAUAAUAAAAGUCCAAGGCUUUGGGACCGAGGUAAUUGUCCCAAGGAGGAUCAAGGAGAGGAGAUAAAACUAGAGUGAUAUAUGUUUGUAGCCUGCGUACCACCGUCCCCUGCCAUCAGGGAAAACAUCAGAUGCUUGUUUACCGCGGCAGGACUAGCUCAGUAGCUAGAGCGCUUGACUGCAGAGUGGAAGAUCAAGGGUUCGAUCUCCUGGACCGGGCCAAUACUUAAAACUAAGAAAUGAAGAAACUGCCUUUGCACUGCAAAUAGUUAUACCUUCGCGUGGCUAGGAUGAUCGCGAAAAAUAGCCGUCUCGUCUUCAGUAAGAGUUGUAAAAAUAAUGUCCUCAAUUAAUAUUUUUGUGCUAAAUAGAGUGUCUUAAUCAUUUUUCUGGAGAGGAGUGGAGGACUUUGCGGUACACUGGCUAUUUCUUUUCGCGACUGCAAAAGUUCCGUCUAUAACUGCGAUGAUCUUCUUUCAUAUAAUUCUUCACUCCGCAGUUCACAUAUAUGGUUUUCAUAUAUCCAUAACUUCACACUGACCAUUAUUACACUUGGCUAAACAAAGGAAAGUAGCAGUGUGUGGAGAAACAAUUUUUCUUUUGUUUUUAUUAAGAAUACCAAAACUUCCUAUCAACUCCUACUCUAACCAAACGUUUUGGAAAGUUAAAGCACACGAGCCCUUUUGCAACAAAAAUAAAUAAACUUCAGGACGCUUUCCACCAAAUCAGACCUCAAAAUGCAUAUAUCAAAGUCAAACUCCAGAAACAGAUUUAAUAUCAUACUACCAGACUCCCAGAAGUAGGUAGAAAAAGAAAGGGUUCGGCGAGUUUUUUUCAACGUUCGCCAAAACCAUAUAAACUCUUUAAAAUAUUUUUCAAUUCUUCUGUUAAACUGUAAAAUUCGUCAUACAUCUACUACUUGGAAGGAACUACUUCGAAAAUCACUAUGUUUGCCCAUUUUCAGGAAUAUCACAGAAAUCGUGGAAACAAUUAAGUGUUUAUAUGGUUUUGGGGGGACGCUGUCACAAAAUUACAGACGUUUGUAUGGAUCUUUAACCAUGUUUUAAGAGUCAUAACUUGAUCCCUGUUCAACUUUAGAGCACCAAACUUGGUCAAAUAACCAAUCUCAACACGACCUUUUAUAUGGUGGUCAGUUUAUUGAUUAGUGUAAAUUUGAAACUCGCCCCAGUUCUCUGCGCAACUCCGAAAGGAAAUUUGCUUCAUCAGUGUGAAAUUUCUGCGCUCGUUUCUCAGACGUCAUUUCGCGGGGAAACCGGUAGUGGCUUCGCGAAACGUCGGUUGUUUUCCUAGGCUAGCAUAAAAAGAGAUCAACUAAAUACUUUCUUGACUGUGGGAUUAAAUUGCUGAAGUCAUCCACUUCUUCCUCUUUGAUUCUGUAGGCAUUUUAGAGGCACCUGAUUGCUACCGCUAUAAAACAGUUGGUUUGAGCGCCUCCAAGUUCACAAUUCAGCAAUACUGCGAAAAAUUAUCCAAGCAUCUGAGUCCAUUGACGUUCAAGGUUCGUUGAUGUAAAUAUAGUAUAUAGUGCAUAGUAGUCAACGAAUAGAUUCAAUGUUUCCAUGCUUCUGUUCAAUAGAGACCUUACGAUACGACAACGGCGACGUUAAGGGACUGGGUCGAGGUCGUCGGUCUCUGUCCGCGUUCCCGCCAAAAGUCAUAGAUCAAAGAUGACGUCAAAUUGUGGUAGGAACUAAAAGGAAGGGAGGGGGGGAGGUAGUGUGUUACUGAUGUCAUGUAAAGCCUAUAUAAAGGGGGUAAUCUUGCAGGGCAAAUUUGUGGAAAACACGUAAAAAAGACAUUUCGCAAUCUUCGGAAAGUGGCAAAGUGGCGCGAUUUACAUUUUUAUCUAAUGACGUACUUCUUAACUUUACGAUAGAGAUGUCUAAUGCCUUAUGAAAACUUUAUGGUCGCUAAGAGGUCUGUCAAUGCUUUUUGGUGGCCUUGAUGAUAGCCAAGCCGCCCCGACGAACUCUUCUUGUUUGUUUGUUUUUUCUUCCUAAAGGAUUCUCAGAUCACCUUUGAUCAGUACAGGGCUCUGGGAUUUGACGGUGCAGUAGAAAUUGGAAAUAUGUUCGAGUUUUACAAGCGUGGUAACCCAGACCGCAAUAUUGAAUUGACAAGGAAGCUAAAUCCAGGGCUUCAACGGUUUGAUGUGUGGGUACAAGAGAACAAGGAAAAGCUUGUACAAAGCUUCAAAUCCAUUGAAAUACAGUCUUCAUGAAUUUUCACAAAUUGCCGUUAGGCUUUCUUUAGGCCCGCGAUACGAAACGCUGGCCUUACGCAUGUUUCAAUCGUUUAAGAGAUUUGUUUACAUACUCCAAACAGACCUUGGACACCUUAUCAUUUCCACACAAAGCAAAUCCUUAUAGAGGAGGGACCCGGUACUUUUCGGGCCCAAAGGGAAAUUCUAAUAUCAAAGCCUUUUGAAUGGUAGCACAGUUCCUAGACACUUCCUAGCUCACAAAUCGGUCAAUUUUGCUUGUUAACUGAUGUUUUAUUGUAUCAUUUUUAAAAUUAUUGAAACUUUAAUCUUGAAUUCGAACACGGUACCUUUCCGGGCCCGAAAAGUUAUCGGGGCUUUCGAGAAACGGGCCCCUGGUCCGAGUUCCUGAGAGCGCGGACUCAUUUCGCAAACAGCGGCUUGUGAUCGAGCCUUAAAGCGCUGAAAAAAAUGAUUACGCUAAGCAAGUCAUUGGGGUUAAGCGCUGACAAUACCGAUUAGGGUGAAGCACUGUGAAUAGUGAUUAGGGUCAAGUACUGGCUCGAAAUGUUUAGCUUUCAUUUACUGUUAAGGAUGUCACUAUAAAUCUGUAAAUCAUUGUUAAACUAGCCAGCAAACCCAUCAAGGUGUAGCACUAUGGGAUAUGGACUACAGUUCCUGCGCCUUGGGAUCGAUACUUUCUCUCUUUUUUUCUUUUUUAAUGUGAAGAGACGUAGAAAAUUCUGAUAAGUGUAAGUGAGAUGAAGGUCAGUUUGGAGUCUGGAAACUUUGAACCGUUUUCAUCUUAUGUAUUCUCUGUAAAGGUGUAGAUGGUUAGUAAAGAAAACCGGUUAAUGCAAUAAAAAGCUCUUCUUGCAGGUA